CCAGAGGGAACGAACAGAACAGGUAUAUCUGAUUAUACCAUGGCUUCUAAUGGAAAAGAUAUAACUAUGGCAUCCCCAGAGCAUGGGGAGGAAGAGCAACAGAAUGUCUUGAGGAGAAUGGCCAGUCUACCUUUAGUCAACUCUGCCUUUGAUCUGGCUGCCACUGCCUAUGCUUCCACCAAGGAGAGCCAUCCCUAUGUGAGGUCCAUCUGUGAUAUGGCAGAGAAGGGAGUGACCUCCAUUACCAAUGCUGCAGUUAGCAGUGCACAGCCAGUUGUAACUAAACUUGAACCUGAGGUGACAACAGCAGAGGAGUGUGUUUCUGAUGUAACUGACAAAGUGGAGGAGAAUCUACCAGUCCUUCAACAGACUGCUGAUGAGCCUACAUCUGAGACACAGGAGCUGGCCUCUCCCAGACUGACAGAUGUCAAGGAGACCAUGAUCAGAGUGGUAGAUAUGACCAAAGAGGCUGUGCAGGACAGUAUGAAGACCACCAAAUCAGUGGUAACUGACAGCAUGAGCACAGUUGUGGAAUCAAGAAUGGGCCAACUGGCCAUAAGUGGAAUGGAAGCAGUGCUGGAGAAAUCUGAAGAGCUCUUGGAUCACUAUCUGCCCAUGACAGAGGAUGAACUAGCUGAACUUGCUGAAGCUGUGGAAGGGGCUGAAGUGUCUUCAUCACAACCACAAGAGCAUCGGAGUUACUUCGUGCGUUUAGGUUCCCUGUCAACCAAACUUCGCCAACGUGCCUACCGCUACUCCCUGAACAAGAUGAGACAUACCAGUCAAAGCAUCAGAGAGGCUCUUUGCCAGCUUCAUGAAACCAUGGGACUGAUUGAAUACCUUAAGCAAGGUGUGUCUCUUCAAGAAGUCCAGGAGAAGUUCCAUCACAUAUGGCUGAGCUGGAAUAGAGAGCAGCCAAAAAGCAGUGACCUCAAGGAUUUGGCAAAACCAGAGGAUCUCUCCAGCAGCCUCCUAACCCAGAGCCAGGAGAUGGUGACCAAGGCCCAGGAAUAUGUAGAUGAGCUGAUGGCAUACAUGAUGGAGAAUACUCCUCUGUCUUGGGUGGUGGGACCAUUCAUCCCAUCUGGUAAGGUGUCGGCAGACACCACUGAACCACAAAACCAAGAAAAUGAGGCUGAGGAAGCCUCCAAAUCUAAGGAGGCCCUGUGACCUAGAAACCUGAAACUUCAUCUUUGAAUGAAGAAAGCAAACUCAUUCAGUCUUCCUUCUGACUUCAUGUGUACUAGCAUACUUCAGGAAAG